AUAGAUUUAUUUCACAGUUUUCCCUCCUCAAUUGUUCGACAAAUACACCAUCUUUUCAGCCAUGUCGGAGAAUGUUGAAGCUGUUGAGGAACAGUCUGCUGAAGCUCUUCAAAGGGGACAGCGUUCCAAGUGGUCCAAGGCCAGAAAGGCGGACUUUGAAGGCCGCAAGGGGAACAAGAGACAGAAACAAGAUAAUUGGGAACGUCAGGAGAGGGCUCCUGCCUUAGACGAUGAAGGCAAUCCGAUUCCGAAGAGACCAAAGAAGAAAUUGGCCGUGAUGCUGGGGUAUUGCGGUGCUGGGUACCAUGGCAUGCAAAUGAAUCCACCACAGAAGACCAUCGAGGGAGAUCUCUUCCAAGCGUUUGUGAAGGUUGGUGCGAUCCAUCCGUUCAACGCUGACGAUCCGAAGAAGUCGGGGUUCAUGAGGGCUGCAAGAACUGAUAAAGGUGUCCAUGCUGCAGGCAAUGUCAUCUCUCUAAAGCUCAUGGAGGAUGAAGACCUGGUGAAGAAGCUGAACGAUGUGCUCCCAGAGACCAUUAGAAUCUGGGGCAUUGAAAGAACCAAUAAGGCAUUUGACUGUAGAAAGAUGUGUGGCUCGAGAAUCUACGAAUACCUGCUACCAACCUACUCUCUCAUCGCACCAAACCCUUCUUCCUAUCUUGGAAAGAGAAUAGCAGAGGAGGACGAGAAGACACCUGGUAUUACAAGAAAGGACGAGGAAAGCGACAAGUUCUGGGCUUUAUACGAGGAGAAGGUGAAAGAGGCCAACUUCACAGAGGAGGAGCUACAAAAGAUCAAGGACUUCAACCCAACUUCUCAAGAAGAGUACGAGAACAGUGGUGACGUUGCAGCGUUGGUGAAGAGAUUCAAAGCCGUUGAGUCCAAUUGUAAGCGUCAGUACAGAAUCUCCACUGAAAAGUUGGAGAUGAUGAGAGAGGCCAUGUCUAUGUAUCUCGGGCACCACAAUUUCCACAAUUUCACCAUUGGUAAGGGAUUCAAGGAUGCCAGUGCAAGUCGUUUCAUGAAGGAGAUCUCGGUAUCUGAUCCCUUUGUCAUUGAUCAAACAGAGUGGGUCUCUGUGAAGAUCCAUGGCCAGUCGUUCAUGCUUCAUCAAAUCAGAAAGAUGAUUGCCAUGGCCUCGCUUGUGGUGAGAACCGGAUGUCCUUUGGAGAGAAUCACACAGGCCUUUGACUCUGACAAGAUCAACAUCCCAAAGGCACCAGCCCUAGGGCUGUUGUUGGAACAACCUGUGUACUCAGGUUAUAACCAAAGGCUGAACGACUUUGGAUACAAGCCAAUUGACUUCAACAACUACGAGAAGGAGAUGCAAGAGUUCAAAAUGAAGCACAUCUACGAUAAGAUCUACGCAGAAGAGGUUUCCGAGAAUGUGUUCAAUGCCUUUUUCAAGUUUGUCGAUGCCUAUUCCAACGAAGGCUUUGAGUAUCUCACUGCAAAGGGCAUCACGAAGGCCGAGCCUGCUCAGCCUGCUGGAACCACUGAAGCUGUUGACCUCCCAGAGGCUCCAAAGGCUCCUGAAACUACCGAGUCUACAGAAGCUGCUGCCACCACCGAGACCAAUGCUAAAGCUGAAACAGAUGAACAACCCAACGCUGAGGCUCAGGCCUCCGAGCCAAAGGAGGAGGUAACAUCCACAGCUGCUUAGUCUAUUAGUACAACUUUUAUAAACCAAACGAGCCAAUUGACGAUAAUAG